AUGGACAAACAACGAAAACGUUCUGCCAACUUUACAGAACAUGAAAAGGAGGUUCUAGUUACACUUGUUCAAAAAUAUUUUGAUAUUAUUGAAAAUAAAAAAACAAACGCUGUAUUUAAUAAGAAGAAAUUGGAAUGCUGGGAAAAAUUAGCUUGUGAAUAUAAUUCAACAUCUACGAGCGGAUUGAGAACUGGUGUCCAACUGAAAAGUGCUUAUGAGCAGUUCAAGAAAACUGCUAAACAGCACAAGGCACAAGACAAGGUAGAAUUAUUAAAGACUGGCGGAGGUACCUUCACACCAACCAUUACGGAUUUUGACAAUAAAGUUUUAAAUAUAAUAAAAGAUAAUUAUUUUUAUAUAAAUAAUCAAUUUGACUCCAAUAAUGAAGCAUUGAAUAUUCCAUCCUCCAGUAAAGAACCAGAUGACACUGAUGUGAAUACAGAAAAUAUUAUUAUUAUGUAUGAAAACUAUGAAGACAAUAAGAAUAUACUUACUGACAUUAUGCCAAAAAACGAAGAUCCUUUAUCAAAAAAAAAGAAAGUAUGUAAGUCAAAUGUGAACUCCAUUGAAGUGGAGGAAAAUGGUGAGCGUGAGCCAUCAAAGACUGGAGGAAUUCAGAAGAAGACUAAAAAAGAACCAUCUCAUUGGAAAACAACCGAUUCCAUUAACAAAAAAAAGUAUGAAAUCCUGCAGAAAAAAUAUAGCAUUUUGGAAUUGAUAGCAGAAACUGAAAAAGAAAAUUUAGAAGGGAAGAGAAUUGAAACUGAAAUAAAAGAAAUUAUUAAGCAACGAGAAAUGCUUGAACUAGAAAUAAAAAAAAAAGAAUACAAUAAUCUUGUGUCAGAGUAA